CUGCUACUUUCGGGACGAGCAAGUUUCUUCGCCAGGUCCAAACCACAGGAAGGUGGUGUCUUACAGAGUGAUGUGGGGUGGAGACUUGAUCGACAGCUAUGGUCAUGGUUCUCAUGUUGCUGGUUCUCUUCUUGGUCAGUGCGAUCAAACACUCAGUGACUUUACUAUCGAAUCCAGCAAGUACAACGGCAUGGCGCCUCAUGCGAAGCUUGUCUUCACGGACAUUGGCGUUGGAAAGAACACUUAUGUCACGCCACCCAUGGAUCUUUCGGAUUAUUACUGAUGAAUACCCACAGGGAGGCAUACAGUCUGGGUGCAAGAAUUCAUAGUGAUUCUUGGACAACUGUGGAUCGUUCCUAUAACCUUAUGUCACGAAGUGUGGAUGCAUUCACCUACAACAAUCCUGCUUUCCUACCUGUUUUUGCUGCGGGCAAUGCUGGCUCGUCUUAUUCCUCUGUAGGAACUAUCACUUCUCCAGCAAUGUCAAAAAAUAGUUUAACUGUAGGCGCGAGUAUGGGCCCAGGGCAUUCCAUACGUCAUGAAAACCUUGCUCUUUUACGUUUUUACGUUUUGAACGGAACCAGUGACUUGCGGGUCGGGGUGCUAGAGAACUCUUUCGGAGUAAUGUUUCAGGAUAAUUGGGGUCCAUUUCCGCUACUACGAGCAAUACCGGGAGAGGCAUGUAUCUCACCUCCCAACGCAGCAGGAAUGGUGGUGCUGGCAAGUCGAGAAGGCUGUGACUGCAUUGAUAAGCUUGUUGCCAUACAAGACGCCGGUAGUGUGGCAGCCGUGUUUUUCAACAACGAAAACACAGGCUACUUUCCGUUGUCGUUAAGAUCGUCACUGGAGAGUAUAACCAUUCCAAGCGGUUCAAUUCCCAGAGUUUUCGGGGAUUAUCUAGACUCGAUGCUCACGCACGGUGACUCAGUCUUUGUGGAAGUGGUGGGCCACGUUCCCUUUAAUGGAGAACGCAUUGAUUCCAUGACAAGUUUUUCGUCGUGGGGUCCAACGCUGGACGGACGUCAAAAACCAGAAACUGUUGCGCCAGGUGACAAGAUUGUCUCUGCCAGGAGCAACAUGGGCUCGAAAGAAGCCACAUGCAGGACCUUAGUUUUAUCAGGAACUUCGAUGGCGACACCAAUUACAGCAGGAGGAGCAGCGCUCAUCCGUCAAUAUUUUAUGGAUGGAUUCUACCCCACAGGAUCUAAGGUACUCGCACAUUCUCGGCAACCUUCGGGAGCCUUGGUGAAAGCCAUUCUUAUUAAUGGAGCUGUGCCUCUGCGAGGACUAAAUGGUAAUGGAGUGAUCAUAGAUCCUCCACUCUCCUUCAAUCAAGGCUAUGGAAGAAUUGAUCUUCUUCACUCGUUGUUUCUCCCUGGUCACAACAAACUAAACGUUACAGCGGAGGAAGGCAACCCGUUAAAAACUGGAUUUGGACAACGGUAUUGCUUCUCAUGCUUUCCUGGCUCCGAGGACUUGAAAUUCACGCUGGCAUGGUAUAGUGACUUGGAGGAACAGUUUAUAUUCGUCUCAGAUGUAAUUUGCAGGUACGAUCCGCCUGCCUUGCCGGCUGCAAGUGUCAUCCUUGUCAAUGAUUUGGACUUGUUCGUGAUUGAUCCAAGUAAUACCAAGCGGUAUGGAAACGGUGGUCCACGUCCUGACAGAAUGAACAAUGUUGAACAGGUGUCUGUUUCGGAUCCAGAAUCUGGACUUUAUGUUGCAGUGAUUUAUGGUUAUUAUGUACCAGAAGAAGGUCCAGACGGAUUGGGACAACGUUUUGCAUUUGUUGCAAGCGCCGCGUCUUUGAGUGCAACACCAUGCUUAGUUAUCAAUCCAGUUGAAGUUCCUCCGUUAUUCGGGAAUAUCGCCAAUGUUCGCAUCACCGUGGAAGGAACUUCUGGUCCCUACAUAAAGUGGUUUUGUAGGCUUGAUGCAUCCAUUGAAACUCCCAAGGGCCAUGACUGGGAAAUAUGUGGGAAUGACUACUUCGCUGAAGGCCUUCCAGAUGCAUUUUAUACUUUUUCUGUUCAAGCAAGGGAUGAAAGCUUCUUGAACACUGCUUACUCUGAGAUUUCUUUCGCUAGUUUUACUAUUGAUACCAUACCGCCUCGCACAAUUUUGCUAUCGUCGUCAGCAUCCGUCUUCUGCGAGACCGCAGUGUUUGAGUUCUCAUCUGAUUCAGCUGACACAGACCACUUCGAGUGCCAGUUCACGUCUGGAAUCCUCUCGAGUCAUGGAUGGACGCUUUGUGGGUCUCCGGUCAAAGUCGAGGCACGGUCAGACGGACGGUACACCUUUCAUGUCAGAGCAGUUGACAAAGCAGGCAACCAAGAUCCACAACCAGUAUUUGUCCACUGGCUACUUCACAGGGAACGUCCAAGAGCAAAGAUAGUUACUAUACUACCCAAGGACUUGACCAACGUUUCAACUUGUCGUGUUUACUUCGAGCUUGACGUGCCAAAUCUCCCAGGUAUACAGGAACCAAGAUGGUCAUGCCGUUUAAACCUGUCAGAUAUUGAAGGGGCCGCCGUUUACGGGUGGAGGUCGUGCUCGUCUCCGUUGGAACUGAGUAAUCUGCCCGACGGGAUCUAUAUAGUCAGCGUACGAGCAGCGGAAAAUGAAAGCGGAGGUGCUCUGAGCAGCGUUCCAGCCACUUGCACGGUCACCAUCGAUAGCUUGCCUCCUGAAGUGCUGUUCUUCGCAGUACCGCCGCUGUUUUCGUCGUCCAGAGAUGUCAGCUAUGCGUUUGCGUCGUCGGAGGUGUCAACAACGACUUGCUGCAUGACGAAGCUAAACACCGCGGAAGAAGAACGCUGGCAACAGUGCACAAGCCCGGCAAGGUUUCGGAAUCUGGAGGACGGUGUCUAUCAGUUCAGCGUGACGGCAACAGAUUUAGCUGGAAACACCGGACUCGUCAUCAAGCACAGGUUUCUCGUGGAUACGACGCCUCCGUCGGUUGUCUCAUUUGUGCUCUCUCAGCCAGAUCUCGACGUAGUAACUGCGGAGUUUUCGGUGGAUGAUGGGCCUCUUGGAUCUACAUCUGGUGUUGCUACAUCCUACUGUCGCCUCGACUCUCAAGUGCAGGGUGGCACUUGGAUACCGUGCUCGAGUCCAUGGAGAGUGGAGCAAUCUUAUUUAGCACCUGGAGUGGAGCAUACGUUCAUGGUUAAAGCCGAGGACAGAGCUUCCAACAUAGCAUUGGAUCACGCAGAGCAAAAGCUGGUUCUAACGUCGAACUCGAGCGCAGUUCAUGGACUGGUGUGCCCCGAGGCUUACACGCGCCUUCAGAUAGCUACAUUGGCCUUCAACAGCUCGUUAUCUUGGACCGAGUGUGAAGUUGAUGAGCAAGUAUUCGUGGCUUGUGGAAGCCCCUACCACGUCGGACCUCUGGUGGAUGGAGCACACACUUUCAAAGUCAGGUACCUAUCUUCGUUUUCUUUGUGGAGUGGCUGCAAGUGGUACAUAGAUACGGGCACGCCGGAAACUUUGAUUCGUAGUAGCGUUGUCAACACCUUGAGUCCCAGUUUUGAACUCUCUGGAUACGAUGGCGGGGGUAUCGAAAGAUAUGAAUGUAUGCUGCAGUCACUGGAUCCACAGCAGGGCCAGAGACAUUCGUGGAGGAAGUGUAGCAGGCAGCUGGUAACAUACAGUUUAUGUCCGGCCUCGCUUUACAUCUUUCACGCGCGCUCGAUUGAUGCCGCCGGAAAUGUAGAUCCGAAUCCUCCACAAGCUAUUUUCUUGAUUAGCUAUUCUUUUUUCUAUCAUUCCGCUUUUUCCUCAGAUGUCUCUACGAACUCGAGCUAUCGCAUUUGUAGAACUCCAGGAACAUGUAAGUUUCCAUUGUCGCAAAGUGGAACCAUAGUUUCGACAUAUGACGGCGCGACGAUCAUAGCAUUUCCUAAGAGCCUUCGCAAAAGUCACUAUGAACUAAGUUCUAGUCCUUACGCAUCAGCUGCUCUUAGCGGAAAUGCUUUGGACAUGGGAAUUGUAGCCAGGCUCUGCGUCCCAGUUUCCAACGUUUCAUCCCUGGCUUCAACAUCAUACGACGAGCAGCCUUUUGCAAUUUUCCUCAUGCUGAGAAAGACGAACGAGAGUAGUCCCACAGUGCCAUUGGCAAUCUCGACAGGAAACGCAACACCAAACUAUACGAAUGAGCUCCAACUUAUUUACACCAGAGAAUCGCCCAUUCUCGUGACAACAAUGUGGGAACUUGUGGCUGCGCAGCUAGAUCAAGAGGGGACUUACGUGACUACGCUUGUGACCCGGCCUGGAUCUUACAUGCUCGCCAGAAUCUAUGAAGGCCCGACUCUUGCAUUUAUCAAAGCAUCGCAACCACGCAUGAUCGUGUCUUCCACUACGCUAAUUUUUAUGUGCUUGUGUAUUUUUGUUUGAAAGUAUAUUCAAAUUUAAAAGUAGAAUAUGCUCUCUUUUAGGGCU